UCUAUUCUAAUAUUACAAGUAACUCGAUAAAACGUACCAAAAAAGCAAAAUAAAUAAUUAAAUAAAAUUGGCCAUGAAAACUUUGUAGUACAAUUUUAAGUUCAAGCCUUUAUAUUUUCUCUGACAAGUUUAUCUGAAUGAAUGAAUUUAGUAAAGAAAUGUUAUAAUAUUCAACAGAUGUCAGUAGUAGCGUGAUGUUAUGCAGUGGUGUAAGAGCCAAGAAAGAAGAAAAUGGAGUUUGCCCCAGACGAAAAGGAGAAACUUUGAUCUCAGUUUCUCCAUCUUUGGAAUUUGAAAGCCAUACACUAAAAAUCCAGAACACCCAUAUCACCAAAGGUCAUUCUUCUUCCUCUUUUGGAUGAUAAUAGUCGCAGGCUCCCCAGAUGCUUAUCCCAAAAUUCUGACGUUAUUAUAGGGUAAGGAUUCGUACCUUAUUUCUUCUGUGCAUCAAGAUAACUGUAACUGCAGAAUUUAUCACAGGCCUGUUGAAGUAAUUAAUGGCAGCAGCAGAAGCAAGAACUACAUGGCAGCGUACUGCUAGUCGUUGCUACUUCCAUGACGGUGUGAGGGAAAAGUAUUCUUCCUGCCCGUCGUCAUCAUGUUCCUCGAAGUCAGAGUUCGAUUACUCACCUGAUAAUGCAGCAAAAGAUCAUCUGCACCCUUUUGCAAAUUAUGAUGUGCUAACUGGUAGAAGAAGGUGGUGGUUGAAUCAGGAACCCAACUUUGUUUAUCACAAGAAUUUUAUUAGUGAGGAGGGAAUUUCCUUGGAGGCUCAGCUUGAAAUUUUGAGUAAUGAUGUUUGUGAAGAGAGUCAAACCAAGAAAGGAUUUAUUGCUAAGACUAGUUGUUCUAUGGAGCAGCUGAGGAAGGUAUCUGUCACUUGUAAUGAAAAUGGUCAGGAUACAAGAAUCCAUGAACUCAAGGCUGUUAGUCCCCGAAAAACUGCUGCAGGAAAGGAUGUGAGAGAUUUAUGGUACUUGGAUGAACAUUAUUUAAAUUUGGAUUCUUUAAACUGCUUGGUUUCUCAAGAUCCCAAGAAACUGUCUUCUGAUUAUGAAUCUCACUGGGUUGGGGCUGACAAGACUGAGCCAUGGUGGCGCAGUGCUUGUAAAGAUGAUUUGGCUUCCUUGGUUGCUCAGAAGUCACUUGAGCACAUCGAGAAUUGUGAUCUUCCACGCCCCCGUGCUAAGAAUUAUAGGAAGCAACAGCAACCAUCUGCUUGCUCACAGAAUUUUGACCAUGAUGAUGUUCUUUCUUCACCUUUAGAUCAGAUGUCCGAGUCAAGGUUCUCCAAUAUGGACUAUUCUUCAGGAAGCCCAAAUUCAGGCUGUUCACCUCAUGAAACUUUCAGCACUACCAACAUCAACAGGCAUGAUGCUCAAGAUAGUACCGACAAUGACCAAAGCAAAGCUCAGCUACUAAAAGCACUAUGCCUCUCUCAGAAACGAGCAAGGGAAGCUGAGAAGGCUGCAAAGCAAGCUUAUAGCGAGAAGGAACACAUCAUCACGCUACUUUUCAGACAGGCGUCCCAACUGUUUGCUUACAAGCAAUGGCUUCAACUGCUGCAGAUAGAGAACAUCUGCCUCCAGCUUAAGAGCAAAAACCAACCAAUUGGCAAUCUCUUCCCAUCUGUUAAGGCACCCUGCAAAGGUAGUAGUAGGCAAGCACAGAAGGGUCAUCAGCACAGGGCUGGAAAGAAAAGGCAAGGCAAACCACAGCAUGAGAUCAACAAGUCUGUUGUUGCAUUUGCAUUGGGGUUAGGCCUUGCCAGUGCCGGUUUGCUCCUUGGAUGGACAAUGGGGUGGUUGUUUCCGGCCAUUUAGAUCCGUCAUUGUUGUUUGGUGCUGUCCUCUACAGCCAUAAUUCUUUCUCAAUGGACAUGGCCGCGUUGGCUGCAAAGCAUGUGUUGGAUUACAGUGUUCACAUCUUGUUUAAGUAAGGGUUUAGUUAACUAUAUAUCUGUUGAUUAUGUAGAUAUAAGAACAGAUUUUUUGUAUAAAAAGAAAAUAUGAAACCGAUGUGAAUUAUAUGUUUGUAAAUAGUAAACGAUUAUUUUCUUUACUUGGGAUCAUUUGAAACUGGUCAAUAUGUAUAGGAGAUUGCUUGCUCAGUCUUUUUUAGCAGAUUAAUCUUGAAGAGGAUGUUAUAACAUACUCUGAUAUCCAAUGGUGAAGCUCAAACACUUAUAAAGUCUGAAGUUUGAGA